AUUUGCCAUUGACAUUUCUUUUUUCUUUUCUACCAUUGUAAAAUGGACUCACAUAGGGGGUGCUGAUUGACGUAUUCUAUUUAUCCCUUAUUUUUUAUAAAGAAGAUCAGCCAAACAUCGUUAAAAAUAUGAGCGUCUUUAAGUCUGCAAUGGGCUACUUCAGCUCAGGGGGUGCCAACGGUGGUAGUGACAAUGAUUUCGUGGGUCAGUUUGUGGAAAUUGGUAACAUGAAAUUGAGAGUGAAAAAGGUGAUUGCCGAGGGUGGUUUUGCAUUUGUUUUUGUUGCUCAAGAUGUUUCAACUGGUACAGAAUAUGCCCUUAAAAGGCUUAUGGCAGCAGAUGAACAAGCAAAUAAGAAUAUUAUCCAAGAAAUUAGCAUAUUAAAGAAACUUUCUGGGCAUCCUAACAUCAUUAAAUAUAUUGCUGCAUCAUUCAUUGACAAAUCUAAAACAUCACAUGGAAUGGGAGAGUAUUUAUUGCUAACUGAUCUCUGCAGUGGGGGUAGUUUGAUGGAGGCUCUGCAGAACAGAGGGCAGGCAUUCCCUCUUCCGACAAUCCUAAGAGUUUUCUACCAAACAUGUAGAGCAGUACAACAUAUGCACGCCCAAGUACCCCCGAUAGCACAUAGAGAUCUCAAAUUAGAAAAUUUCCUAAUAUCUAAUGAAGGUACAAUAAAACUAUGCGAUUUUGGUUCAGCAACCACAGAUAUAUAUUCGCCUAAUCCAUCUUGGAGUGCUAAUCAAAGAAACAUGUUAGAAGAAAAUUUGGCUCAAUUCACGACGCCGAUGUACAGAGCUCCGGAGAUGCUAGACACGUGGGACAACCGUAAGAUAGACCACAGCGUGGACGUGUGGGCGCUCGGCUGCAUUCUGUACACGCUGUGCUACAUGCAGCAUCCGUUCGAGGACUCGGCCAAGCUCGCCAUACUCAACGGCAACUACAAUCUCAACCCCAACGAUCAACGCUAUAAGUGUUUCCAUGAAAUUAUAAAUGGUUGCCUGACGGUAAACCCCGAGGAGCGGUUGGCAAUUAGUAAUGUGUUGGAGCGGCUAGCGGCGAUAGCAGAGUCCAACAAUGUCAAUCUCAAGCAACCACUCAAAUUUGAGCGUAAAAAAGUUGAACAAUCUGUGGCCACUAGCUCGCCAGCGAAUAAAGAUCCAGUUUCGAACAGUCAGGAGGUGCCGAACUCGCGACCCCCUGAGCCGGUUCGCCCACCACCGCCCGCGCGGCCCCCCGCUGUCCCCCAGCAGCACCCGCCGCCCGUGCCGCAGCCGCCCCUGAACUCGGGAGGAUUGUUCUCGUCCAUCAAGGGAGGGGCGGGAAGCUUCCUGAAAAACCUGAAGGAUACGUCGUCGAAAGUCAUGCAGACUGUUCAACAGUCAAUAGCAAGGACUGAUUUGGAUAUAAGCUACAUAACAAGUCGAAUUAUAGUGAUGCCGUACCCGUCAGAGGGAAUAGAGAGUGCUUAUAAAACUAACCACAUUGAGGAUGUGAGGGCGUUCCUGGAGAGUCGGCACGGCGGCGGGCACUACGGCGUGUACAGCGCGGCGGGCGGCGCGGCGCGCUCGCUGCCGCGGGCGGCGGACGCGCGUGCGCUGUGGCCCACGCCGCUGCACCGCGCGCCGCUCCUCGCGCCCUACUACGCGCUGCUGCAGCACAUGUACCACUACCUCGCCAAGGACGACAGGAACGCUGUGGUCAUCACGUGUCAGGACGGCAAAGCAAUGUCGUGCAUGUUGGUGAGCGGCUUGUUGUUGUACGCGAAGCUAGUGACGGUGCCGGAGGACGCGCUGCAGAUAUUCGCGGUGAAGCGGUCUCCUAUCAACAUGCCGCCCAGCAUGCUGAGAUACCUGUAUUAUCUAAGCAAUAUUAUUAGGCCAGAGCCAAUACUGCCACACUUCAGGCCAGUUACUUUGGUAUCGAUUACUAUUCAGCCAGUACCACUGUUUACAAAAGCGAGGGAUGGAUGUCGGCCAUAUAUUGAAGUUUACAAUGAAGAUAGGCUCGUCUUAUCGACGCUACAAGAUUAUGAAAGAUUACAUCUCUAUACCAUGGCUGAAGGCAAGGUGACGCUGCCGCUGGACACGACGGUGACGGGCGACGUGUGCGUGUGCGUGUGGCACGCGCGGCAGCAGCUCGGGCGCGCGCUGGCCGUGCCCGUGCUGUCCGUGCACUUCCACACCGGCGCGCUGCGGCACGACCACCACGCGCUCAAGUUCAACAGGUCAGAAAUUGACGGCAUCGAUGAGACAAUACCAGUGAACGACCAUUUCUCAGCGAACACCACUGUGGUCAUUAGUCUGGUGGUACAAAACGGAGAGCGAAGGAAACCUCGCAGCGAUCUCUGGGAGGAGGACCACUCCUUCCCAAUUCGUACACCCGACGUCCUGUUCUCUACCACAUUGGAGAGAGACGAGACUAUUGAUAACUUUGCUAAUCUGCGAAAGAAUGCUGGGGCAAUGCCAAAAACAAUGACAGCCGACUAUCCAGCUAAAGAGGUAGAGAAGCCGCGUCCGUCUCGCCCCGCCCCGCCCUCCCCGCAGCCGCCGCACCGCCCGCCCCCGCCGCGCCCGCUACAGCCAGCGCGACAGGAGAGCACCGCAGACUUCCUCAACCUAGCCAAUAACGAACCGCAACAACAAGCCAAGCAAGAAAAGAAACUCAAGACCGAAGACUCCUUCGACUUUUUCGGCAUGAUGGAGAAGGAGACGACCGAUGACGCCUUUGGAGAUUUCCUGAGCAGCAACGUCGCUGAGAAUAAGCAGCCAUUCGCAUCAGAGUCUAUUUUCGGGGACUUACCCGCUCCGUCGACGGAGCCGGCGGACACCAAACACAACGUCAACUCGAGCGACCCACUGAACUUCGACCCGUUCGGACUGAACGAUCCGCUGCCCAAACAGGAACCAUUAUUAACUCCACAGCUUAUGCAAGACGAGGGUCGUCCACAAAGCGUGCCUCUGGAAAGCGCACAGCCCUCGAAGAAGGAUCCAUUUGCGGAUCUAGGUCUCCUAGGCGCUAGCAUGCCCUCGGGUAUACAGAGCACGGCGCCGGGCUACGCGCCGGGCAGCACGCCGCUCGUCACGCCGCGCGCGUCGCCCGCGCACACGCCCGCGCAGCCGCACACGCAGCCGCACACGCAGCCGCACACGCCUGCCCGCUCUCCCGCGCAUCAACCCGAUUAUAAUCGGGCUCACUUCGAAACGGCAAAAACUCCGGGCGAGGAAAAGGUGAAGAAGUCGGCGGACGUGUUCGGUGACUUGCUUGGCAGUCAAGGUUACGAAUUCGCCACUAAGCGCGACACCGGCCCCAAAACCAUGAACGCUAUGAGGAAAGAAGAGAUGGCCCGCGACAUGGAUCCCGAGAAACUGAAGAUUCACGAAUGGACGGAGGGCAAGAAAGCGAAUAUCCGAGCUCUCCUGUGCUCUCUGCAUACCGUGGUGUGGGAGGAGUGUCGCUGGACGCGCUGCGAGAUGUCGCAACUCGUCACUCCCGCCGACGUCAAGCGCAACUACAGAAAGGCGUGCCUCGCCGUGCAUCCUGAUAAGCAAAUAGGCACGCCAAACGAGAACAUAGCGAAGAUGAUUUUCAUGGAGUUAAACAACGCGUGGAGUGACUUUGAGAACGACGCUAAACAGCAGAACCUGUUCCAGUCUUAGUUUCUAUUAAUGCCAUUUGUGUAUCAUAACUUUUGUUUAUUCUCAGCAAAGUCAGGGUUGCGAGAUUUGGCAGCUGAAUUUGUGUAUGGAAGUUAUAAGUUUGGGAUAUCCGGAUUUUAUUUUUCUAUUUUCAACUCAAUAGUUGGUAAUUUUUAACCAUUGUGUUUGAAAUUAAAAAAUAGACAAUAAUAAUUUCAAUUGUUAAAUUGAUUACCUUUUUCACGAUACUACGACUCUGAGUCCUAUUAAAAAUCUGAGGCCUGGCAACCCUGAAAAGUACAAUGCUACUUUAUGUAGACUGCAGUCGCAACAUAUUAAGUGAAUCAGAUCUCAAUACAAGCCCAUUUUCAAAUGUAGAUGCCAAUUAUACUUAACAGGUGACCUUCUCUUUUGAAUGCCAAGUACUACUAUGGUAGUACUACUAUGGUAGUACUACAAGUUUAUACAUAUGAAUAUGUUAUGGAAGGUUUAACUGCCUUUUUUUUAUAACUCAAGGACGGAUCGGUAAUGUCUGAUCUGAGGCAAAGAAAUGUCGCUUACCUUAAAAUGUACUGGCCUAAUAUAAAGUGAUUAAUAAAAAAAUAUAAAUUGACAUAUUCUUAUAACUACUCGAUCCGUCCUUGUAGCAUAAUCAUAACCGCACUUUGAUUUUAUCAUCUAGCUAUAACAUUUUAGUCUUCCCCGGUAUUUAAAUUUCAUCACCAUCGAGUCAUUGUUUUGAUAAUUUGUAUUACGAUAGAUCUACAUUAAAAUGUACUUAGUUUGGUUUUAUCGAAUCUUUUAAUGUAAGAAUUUUGAGUUUCUAUGAAGAGCACAAAACUCAUUUCAUUCUUAAACUUUUUGUUAGGUAUUAAAUGUUGCAUUAUGUCAAAAUUAUAAGAGAAUAUCUUUAUUUGCAACAAAAAACUUUUGGUUAGAAAAGAUUUAAUAGUGGCAAACAUUUUUAACGAUGCAUAAGUAUAAUGAAGGAACCUAACCAGUUGAAAACUAGUCAACAAUUGUCCCAAUUAUGCUUAAUUAAUAUCCAUCUAUAAUAAGGAUAAUUAACAGUACCAGCAAUUUCAUACUUGAUUAUGCAUUUGAUAGCUACAUAUUUGUCAUAAAAAACCAUAUUCACUAUCGAUGGACUCGCAAUCGAAAAAAAUUACAAGUAAUAAAAAUGCGAUAAAAAGAGUAAUUUAUAAAUAUGUAAAUCUGAUAAUUGGUUUAAGUAGGUGUGGUGCGCGUUAUUAUUGAAUAUAAUUAUAGAGAAAAUAUAUUUUCUCUCGUUACUUAAUCGUGUUACGUUGUAAUUGUAGUGUGUAAGUAAUAGUACCGAACAAAGGGUGUAUAUUUUAGCCGUUAUCACGAAAACUGUUCAAAAAUGUUAGCAAAAUUAACUGAGCUUAUUCAUUCAGUAUUAAAAUGUUUUUCUCUUUAGAAGCUACGUAUUAAGACUAUGCACUUAGCUGCUUUUGUAGUAAAUCUUUUAAUAGAGUUUGUCGUAUAAAUUUGAAUAUAUAAAUAUGAAUCUAUAAAAAUUGCUUUUCUAUAAUUUUGCUCAGAGCAUCGAUCUAAUACUCUAUUUAAAAUAUUGUUACGACUGAAAAAUCAUUAAAUGCAGAUGCAUGUUAGUUCUUGGCAUUAAAAUUUAAUAUAGAUAGAUAUAAUAUGUUAUUGGAUGAUAAUUUUAAGUUUAUACAUUCCGGUUUCAAUAGAAAUCAAUGACGAUUUCUUGUUAAGUUACAAUUGCUUUUUCUAAUACUAUUGAUUGUAAUAUCUCGGGUAUCAUAACCGAGCUGGUUUUAGCUUAGUUAAAGGAGAGAUAUUCUAUUAUUGGGAUAAAAUAAUACACGCUUUUUCUUAUUAAGUUUAUUAUCGAAUUCACGUUCUUGUGAGCUGUUCUCUUAAUAUCUUUACAGCGGUACAUGAACUCAUUCCAAACAAACUACCGUAGGAAUAAAGUGAUACAUAGACCCCUAGUUUACUACAUUCUAUCUUGAUCCAAUGGAAAGAAUUGUCGAUAAAAAUACCAUCGAUUAUACUGGUUUGAAUUGUAGUUAAAUCUUUUAGUAAUACAUAUUCGAAAUCCCUAUGGAUUCGUCUCGAUUUACUUAUAGCUAAUGCAAUUGUUCCUUAUAGAUAUUUUUAUAUUAUAACUUAAAGCCUACAAGUGCAUAUUGUAUGUCAUAGGUUUGAGUGGGAUACAAGACCCAAGUGAAAUAGUUGUAUGUUUUAAUAUGGUGUAUAUUUUGCUUAGUUAUAGGCCAUGUAUGUCCCAAGUACAUCCUGAAAUUUGUUCAAAAAUAAAGAUUACAGAGAAAUG